AUGAGCCAACCAAGGCAGAAUCAGCGUCGAGACAGAGAGUAUCGAGGCGACAGGCACCAGAGAGAUAGAGGUGACAGAGGCGACCGAGAUGAUCGUCGAGACAGAGGCGACCACAGAGAGAAUCGUGGUGGACGUUCAACGUACAUGAGCAGACAAGAGAGACCCAAGAAGGAGGCCAUUGUGGACUUGAACAAGUACAGAGACGAGAAGGUUGUUGUGAAGUUCAUUGGUGGGAGACAGGUGGUUGGAGUUUUGAAGGGGUUUGACCAGUUGAUGAACUUGGUGUUGGAGGAUGUGACUGAGCAGCUCAGAGACCCAGAGGACGAGGCCAUUUUGACGGAAAAGACCAGAGAGUUUAAGGUUGUUGUGGUGAGAGGACCGCUGUUGUUGACGCUUUCGCCGUUGGACGGCACGGAAAGCAUCGAGAAUCCGUUUGUGGUGGAGCAGUAA